CUCCAUCCUCCACCACCUGCAAUUCACUGUCCCUGUGAGUUUCUUGAUCAAUUCCUCACUUGCUUUAAGAAUCAAUGGCUCCGGCCGCCGUCAACAUCCAUCGGCCUUCCAACUCCAAGAAAAAAGCUUACGUUACGUUCUUGGCUGGUAAUGGCGACUAUAUAAAAGGCGUCGUGGGAUUGGCCAAGGGUUUAAGGAAGGUUAACUCCAUAUACCCUCUUGUUGUGGCGGUUCUUCCCGACGUUCCGGAGGAGCACCGCCGUAUCCUGGAGUCUCAGGGAUGCAUCGUUAAAGAAAUUGAACCGGUUUACCCACCGGAAAGUCAGACGCAGUUCGCCAUGGCUUAUUACGUCAUCAACUACUCCAAGCUCCGAAUCUGGGAGUUUGUGGAGUACGGUAAGAUGAUAUACUUAGACGGAGACAUUCAAGUGUACGAUAACAUUGACCAUCUGUUUAACUUGCCGGACGGCCAUUUUUACGCCGUCAUGGACUGUUUCUGCGAGAAGACGUGGAGCCAUACACCACAAUACCAGAUUGGGUAUUGCCAGCAGUCGCCGGAGAAGGUCCGGUGGCCGGCCGAUAUGGGUUCAAAACCAUCUCUCUUUUUCAACGCCGGCAUGUUUGUAUUUGAACCCAAUAUCACCAUAUAUCAUGAUCUGCUACAAACCCUCAGGGUCACACCUCCCACCCCUUUUGCUGAACAGGAUUUCCUAAACAUGUAUUUUAAGGAUAUUUACAAACCAAUCCCUCUGGAUUACAAUCUCGUUCUUGCGAUGCUGUGGCGCCAUCCAGAAAACGUGGAUCUCGAGAAAGUGAAGGUUGUUCAUUACUGUGCAGCGGGAUCGAAGCCAUGGCGGUACACUGGGAAAGAAGAGAACAUGCAGAGGGAAGACAUAAAGAUGCUUGUGAAGAAAUGGUGGGAUAUUUACAAUGAUAAGUCUUUAGAUUACAAGAACCCUAAUAAUCUGGGAGGUGGUCAUCGUCAUGUGACAGCAAGCAGCAACAAUAGUGAUCAGAUGGUUUUUCCGUCGGCACUUUCCGACCCAAAAAUACCGGCCGUCUGUGCACCAUCAGCUGCUUAGAAGUAUGUAUCGUGUUGUAUGUGCACACACAUAUUUUGAUAUAUAGUUUUCUUGGGUUUGUUUUUAUGGUGUUAUAUAUAUAUAUAUAUAUAUAUGCAUAGUCGUCUUUUGUUGGGUUGGAUUCAUUUGAUUCGAUUUCUUUGUAGUCAGCUUUCCUAAUGGAUUGCAUGGACGUGAAGCACAAAAAAGUGUGUUCUUCCCUUUAGUUUGUAUGAAUGAAGGUAAUUUGUGAUAUGGAAAGAUUAAGU